AUGGCGAAAUGUCUAAUGGUCGAGUUUGCGAUGGGCCAGGCUUUGGGCGGUCACAUGCGGAGGCACCGAGCAGCCGCCGCCGCCGCCGCCGCCGCGAGUGGCGGCUUCGGUCCCGUUGCCGCUGCCGCAUUCGAAUGCAAGACCUGCAACCGGACCUUCCCGUCCUUCCAAGCUCUGGGGGGCCAUCGGGCCAGCCACGGGAGGCCCAAGAAUUUACUGGGCUUGGGCCGCAACGCGGCGUUCAAGCUGGCAUCGAGGAAGCCCAAAAUGCACGAGUGCUCCAUCUGCGGGGUCGAGUUUGCGUUGGGCCAGGCUUUGGGCGGUCACAUGCGGAGGCACCGAGCAGCUCCGGUGGCCACCAAGAGCUUUGGUGGUGACGUGGCUCCGUCUUUGGUGGUGGGACCGGGAUCGAACGAGGUGGCUGUGCUGCUGAGGAGGUCGAGUAGUAGUAAACGCGUCUUCUUUGGGCUGGAUUUGAAUCUGACGCCGUUGCAGAACGACUUGGAGUAUUUGCUUGGGAAAAUUAGGGCUCCCAAAGCCUCCAUUUGA